AAGGUGGGCUGUCAUCAACCAGAGCAACUUGGGGUCCCUGAGAGCAGUGCAUCUUCCGGGCAAACUGAACAAGGGCGCGGAUAUGCUGUCAAGAAGCGGAGUCUCCUCAGAAGAGUGGAGACUCCACCCGCAGACAGUUCAGAAGAUAUGGGAGGUCUUUGGCAAAGCGGAAAUAGACCUCUUUGCCUCAAAAGACAACUCUCAUUGCCCAACAUAUUUUUCCAAGAUCGAGGACGCGUUGUCCCAGGACUGGCCCAACCGUCUUCUUUACGCUUUUCCUCCGGUUCCUCUGAUUCCCCAAGUAAUCAGGCGGGUCAGGGACCAGAGAUGCAGGGUUCUGCUUGUAGCCCCACUCUGGGAAAAUCAGCACUGGAUAGCCGACCUGUCACAGAUGAUGACUGCGGCCCCAUGGCCCGUUCCUCUAAGACGGGACCUCCUUUCUCAGGCGGACGGAACGAUUUGGCAUCCACACCCAGAGAGGUGGUCUCUGCACCUUUGGUCGCUCGACGGGAGCCCGCGGGACUCCCUGAGCAUGUGCUAGACACAAUUUCACAGGCUAGAGCUCUGUCUACACGACGGCUCUAUGCCUCCAAAUGGUCUGUGUUCUCCACAUGGUACUCAGACCAUGGUGAAAACCCGACCUCCUGUGACGUAUCAGUGAUACUGUCAUUUUUGCAAGAGCUCUUGGAGAAGGGACGAACCCCCUCCAUGCUCAAGGUCUACGUAGCAACUAUAGCGGCAUCACACGCCCUUAUAGCAGGCCAGUCGGUGGGCAGAAACGACUUAGUCGUCCGAUUUAUGAGAGGUGCCAGAAGGCUUCAUCCGCCUUGCACUGCCACUGUCCCAUCAUGGGACCUGCCCACGGUACUGAGAGCCCUAAAGGGGGCCCCCCUUGAACCGCUACAGUCCAUAGACCUUAAGGCCCUGUCGCUGGAGACCGCUCUGCUGUUGGCACUAGCGUCUGUUAAGCGUGUGGGCGAUUUGCAAGCACUUUCGAUAAGCCCUAAUUGCCUAGAAUUCGGGCCUAACGACUCGAAGGUCUUCCUGAAACCGAGGCAUGGCUAUGUGCCUAAGGUGCUCUCCAAACCUUUUAGAGCACAAGUGGUCACUCUCUCUGCAUUACAAAACACAGAGGAUGAUCCAGGGCUGAAUCUGCUUUGCCCAGUGAGGGCUCUAAAAGUCUACCUAGAGCGUUCUGCGCCAAUAAGGCGAUCAGAGCAGCUCUUCAUAUGCUUUGGAAGCCGCACCAGAGGGUUACCGGUCUCAAAGCAAAGGCUUUCAAAGUGGAUUAGAGCAGUGUCUUCGUCCUGGGCAUGGUCUAGUGGUGUGACCAUCGCAGAAAUUUGUGCGGCGGCUGGUUGGAACUCGCCGUCCACAUUUGCUAGAUUUUAUAAUCUAGACGUCCCUGCACUUCAUGCUAGGGUACUUUCUGUGUGAAGGUCACCUUUUUGUUCCUCAAUUGCAUGCUCUUGGCCAUUCUUUGCCCAAGACUCAAACUCUAUUCGUAUGCACUCGGUCCCUUUGGUACUGAGGCGAUACGAACACGAGAUGAUCAGGCUAGGACAGACGUAACCUCAUUGAGCUUAUUCUGCUCCUAGUUGCUAUUGUCAUAUCUUGGUUUCGCAGAUCAAGUAUGAUUGCGUUGGUCGUCGUCCCCUUCUUAGCAUGGCGUGAUUGAACUGGGUUCCCAUAUGCGUCUUCGACGCAGUACGAGUGAAGUAUUGAAAGGGGACGUACUCGGUUACUAACGUAACCUCGGUUCCCUGAAAUACGGGAACGAGUAUUGCGUUCCUUGCCAUGCUAAAAAGGCUGCACAACUCAGCCGUCGCUUCAGUCGAAGUAACCUGAAUUCCUGUGGCGAAGCGGGCAAUAUAUAGCCAGAUUCUCCGCCCAUUUUGGC